ACUGGAUCAGUUCUUCUCCUCCUGAUGAGGUUUGACGGUACAGAGAAGAAGGAGUGUCGAGAAACGGCCUGAGUGUUUGUGUCUCCAGAGGAAACAUUUCAUCUCCUGCAGGAACAAUGACUCCAGUUGAGGCUUUGAGAGAGUUUAUUCAGCAGCGACUCACUGCUGCUGCUGGAGAAAUCUUCACCGCGUUUCAACAAACUCUCCUCCACUACGAGAAGGAGAUGAAUGUUCAGGACAGACUGCUGGAAAUCUCAGGAGAACUUCCAGUCCCGUUCUCCAGAACAGAGAGUCCACAGCAACACAUUAGUAACCAGAAGACCAGUUCCAGUGGUGAGCAGGAGGAACAUGAAGCUCCACACAUUAAAGAGGAGGAGGAUCUUGUUGAGAUGAGCGUUACUGAUGGUGGAAGUGAGGAUUCCCACCACUCUGUGAGAGACUCCACCACCCGGAGACUCACUGCUGCUGCUGUGGAAAUCUUCAACCUGUUUCAACAAACUAUUGUCCAGUACCAGGAGAAGAUUGAUCGCCGCCACAGACUGCUGGACGUCAUCUUCCAACCUGAGAUCAAGUUACACAGAAUCGAGCUCCAACAGCACCGUGACUGUAGAGAGGAGCAGGAAACAAACUACUGUCUACAACAGGAGGAACCAGAACCUCCACAGAUAAAAGAGGAACCAGAAGAAUCAGGGCUUCUACAGUCCCCAGAGGACCAGGAGGAACCAGGGCCUCCAGAGAUUGAGGAGCACGAGGAUCUCGGUAGCAGCCAGACGGGAGCGCUUCCUGUUGUGACGUUUGAAAGUGAAACCUUGAAGGUUCCUUCUGAACCAGACACUGAGCAGCUCCUCUCUCAGGACUCUGAAGUCCACCAUGAGAACAAACUGUUUGACUUUCCAGUUUCAGAGAAGCAGGCUGAAUGUGAGGAAACAUGUGGUGAACCUGUCUGUAAAAAACCAAAACUAUGUCAGAAGGUGAGAACGGUCACUGAUAAGAAGAGAACUUGUGAAACAUGUGGAAAACAUUUCAGUGGACAUAGCUAUUUGUUGAUCCACAUGAGGACUCACACUGGUGAGAAGCCAUAUUCUUGUGAAACAUGUGGAAAAAGUUUUAGUGUACAUGGUUCUUUGUUGAUCCACAUGAGGAUUCACACAGGUGAGAAGCCUUAUUCUUGUGAAACAUGUGGAAAAAGUUUUAGUGUUCAGAGUUCUUUGUCGGUCCACAUGAGAACUCACACAGGUGAGAAGCCGUAUUCUUGUGACACAUGUGGGAAAAGUUUCAGUAACCAGGGUUAUGUGUUGGUCCACAUGAAGAUUCACACAGGUGAGAAGCUGUAUUCUUGUGACACAUGUGGAAAAAGUUUCGUUGAACGGCAUACUUUGUUGCGCCACAUGAGGACUCACACAGGUGAGAAGCCGUAUUCUUGUGGAACAUGUGGAAAAAGUUUCAGUCGAAAGAGUUCUUUGUUGGACCACAUGAAAAUUCACACAGGUGAGAAGCCGUAUUCUUGUGGAACAUGUGGAAAAAGCUUCAGUCAACAGAGUAAUAUGUUGGUCCACACGAGGACUCACACAGAUGUGAAGCCAUAUUCUUGUGAAACAUGUGGGAAGAGUUUCAGUCAACAGAUUCAAUUGUUUCACCACAGGGCGACUCACACAGGUGAGAAGCCAUAUUCUUGUGAAACAUGUGGAAAGAGUUUCAGUCGACUGAGUAAUUUGUUGUGCCACAAGAGGAUUCACACAGGUGAGAAGCCGUUUUCUUGUGGAACAUGCGGAAAAAGCUUCAGUAGUAAGAGUUAUGUGUUGGUCCACAUGAGGACUCACAGGUGAGAAGCCAUAUUCUUCUGAAACACGUAGGAUGAGAUUUACUCAUUGUAAUUCAUUGCCGCACCACCUUAAAAGUCACAAAUAGAUGAAACCAUGGAAGACUCUCUUGGAGAGCUCAUUCAGGAAGUUCAGCUUGAUCCCCAAACCACAAGAAGUUUAAAGGAAAUCUUCCACAUUCACACACUGUUGUGACGAGAAAUGGAAGUAAAAUGUUAACAUGAAUUCAAUGGUUUUGUUCUUCAGUGUUUUUUUUUUUUUUUUUUGGUUAACAAG